AUGAGUCAGCAGACUCUGACCAAGCAGGGACAAAUAGGUACCUGGCAUACCCCCAUCGUCCCUCGUCGCAAGGCCCUCCUUCCACCUGUACCUCCCUCCCAACCCCUCAACAGACCGCUCGAAGCACGUCUCACCACACCCCCACCAGUCUUCGUCCCCUCAAUCCCUACGGUCCCUCUUCAGUACCGUAUAGCUGCACCACCUCUCCCAUCCUUCGCACGACGUGACCCCGUCGACCUCCUCGCUAUCAUCAGCUCCAAGGUCAACGCCGUCAUCAAAAGACUGCAAGCCAUCUUCGAUCGCAAGGAUCAGUUGCUCGACAUCCCCCACGACCAUCGACUUGCCCUCCAGCGCAUCGGCGACAGACUCGAGUGGAUACUCGACAACAUCACGGAGAACGGCACCUCGUGGACUCGCAGUCAGCAACAGAACAUUGAUUGGUUCUGCAAGGAGUUUGGAAAGGUCAAAUUUAGUGGACUUGGACAAAACUUUGAGCGUGUGGUUAAGGCCCUAGUCGAGUUAGAACGUUUUGGGUACCUAGAUUGGAUCAUCGUUUAG